CUGAAGAGACCAUGUAUAACUUGAGUUGUUACAACCCCAGCUCCUUUAUCCUUGUUGGAAUACCUGGCCUGGAGAAGUUCCACAUGUGGAUUGGGAUUCCCUUUUGUGUCAUCUAUGUUGUGGCUGUUGUGGGCAAUUGCAUCCUUCUCUACCUCAUUGCAAUUGAACACAGCCUCCAUGAGCCCAUGUUUUUCUUCCUCUCUAUGCUGGCCACCACAGACCUCCUCCUGUCCACUGCCACAGUGCCUAAACUGCUCAGUAACUUCUGGCUUGGCUCCCAAGAAAUAACCUUUUCUGGUUGUCUCAUUCAGAUGUUUUUUCUCCACUUCACCUUUGUGGUGGACUCAGCCAUCCUGCUGGCCAUGGCAUUUGAUCGCUUUGUUGCCAUCUGCUUCCCCUUGAGAUAUACCACCAUCCUGACUCCUCAGGUGAUCGUCAAGCUUAUGGUGAGCAUUGUUGUGAGAAGCUUCUCCAUCAUCCUGCCAGAUGUUUUUCUGCUAAAACGGUUGCCCUUUUGCAGGACACAUACCAUCCCACACACAUACUGUGAGCACAUAGGUGUUGCUUGGCUUUCGUCUGCAGACAUCUCUAUCAACAUCUGGUAUGGGUUUGCUGUACCUCUCAUGACUGUUAUCUCAGAUGUGAUCUUUAUUGCUGUUUCCUAUGCCUUCAUCCUUCAUGCUGUGUUCCAACUCUCAUCCCAGGGUGCCCGCCAAAAAGCCCUCAGCACCUGUGGUUCCCAUGUCUGUGUCAUCCUCAUGUUUUACACCCCUGCCUUCUUCUCCAUCCUUGCUCAUCGCUUUGGGCACAGUGUCCCUCGAAAUGUACUUAUCCUGUUUGCCAACCUCUACGUGGCCAUCCCUCCUGCUCUAAAUCCUAUUGUUUAUGGAGUGAAAACAAAGCAAAUCCAGGACAAAUUUAUUCUCCUCUUCUCUUUGAAGAAGUCACAAUAAGUGGACACUGAAGGAGAAUAUACAUAAAAUUGAUUUGGUGAAAUUUUUUGUAACAUAGGACGGUAAAAAGAUAAAGAUGUAACUCUUAUUAAUUUGAAAUUUCUGCUUUUUACCUAUGUGCAAAGUAUAGACAAGAGGAAGAGGGAAGAAAGAAAAAUCUUAUAAACAUCUAGAAAAUAGAGGAUUUUCUUGAUUUAGUUUUUUCACCACUUGUGUGAACACAGUAGAGCACUAAAACUAAAGCUUAUAUUUUUCCUAAUGCUAACCAACAUAUUUGAAGGAUAGGUUAUUUCCUAACAUGCAAAUUCAGCCCCGUGUUUCUCAGCUUAUGAAUUAAAGGCAAAGCCUUUUGCCUUUCCUUAUUAAGUAGUUAUCAAUCCUUUAUACUAUAAUUCUCAAACACACAGCUUCACACUUCUUCAGUUCAGAUUCUCUACCUUAUUAAUGCUUCCUUCUGUGCCCUUGACUUUUUUCUCUUAUCCACCUCUUAUCACUAGAGUUGCUUAUACUUUGUAUCUACUUUAAUUGUAUGCUCUAAGAAAAUUCCAAACUUGGUUUUUCCAUAACCUUGGAUCUAUAUUUUAUAAGUAUUUGUAUAUUUAAUUAAGAAAAUAAUUAUGAGAGGAUAAUAUUAGUUAAUUUGGUUUACAAACGAGGAAACCAAAACUUACAAAGAUUACAGAGAGAUAAUUAAUAGAUCUAGGAUCUAACCCAGAUUUGAAUGAUUCCAGAAUCUACACUCUUAGCCAAUAACUUUCUGGGUAUCUACUCACACAAUUGGUUUACAAGCUACUUAAAGUUAAUUUUUCCAAAAUUUACCUAGAAACUUACGAACUUUCCCUGCCCCCUCUCUCUCAAAAAUCAAACAAACAAAAAAACCACCUAUUUCUUUUGUCUUCCUAAUUGGUAAAUGGCAGUAUGAAAAACAGAAAUUUCCAAGCAAGAAAUCUAUCAUUUACUCUUUAUUUAUUCUGUUACUCUCAA